AUGUGCAGAGCGUUUACCUGGCUGACGAUCUUGCUGACCCUCGCGCUGACGUCUACAGCCAGCGCGGGAACGUCGCACGACCCCAAAGGCGUCCAUCUUAGCUUUGGUGCGAGCGAUACGACGAUGGUGGUGACGUGGACCACGAGGAAGGAGACGGAGACGAACGUGCGGUACGGUCCGAGCGACCCGGGCGGUGCGACACCCGCGGACCUGAGCAUCAACGCCAUCGGAGAUGCUCGAAAGUUCGUGGACUACGGCUCGACGUCUUCGGUGCGGUACGUCCACGUCGCGACGCUCGAGGGGUUGACCCCGGGGCAGAUUUACGAAUACCAGGUGGGGGAUGCGAAGCUUGACCGGUGGUCGAAGGUGUUCUGGUUCAACGCGAAGCGUACUGCGGAGCAGUACGCCGAGGGUCCACCCCUGCGCAUCAUCGCGCUGUGUGACAUAGGCUUCAAGGAGUCGGACUCCGUUGUGGAGCUUCUGACCCAGGAGGUUCACGGCGAACAGCCACCGGAUGCGUUUGUGCAGUGUGGGGACUUUGCCUAUGACCUCGACGACGAGAACGGAGGCGUGGGGGAUCAGUUCAUGAAGGCGAUGGAACCCAUCGCCGCUUACGUGCCCUGGAUGACGAGCGCAGGGAACCACGAGGCGAGCCACAACUUCACGCACUACAGGGAGCGGUUCACGAUGCCGGAUCGCUCAAAGACGGACAAUCACUACUACUCGAUCGACGUCGGGCCGGUGCACAUCGUGGCGUACAACACGGAGGCGCUGUUCUGGCCGGCGUCUUUCGGGGUUGAGUACAUCCAGCGGAUGUACGAGUGGAUGGAGGCGGACCUCGCGAGUGUGGAUCGGAUGCGAACGCCGUGGGUCGUCGUCCACGGGCACAGGCCCAUUUUCUGCGAGGCUGCGGACGGCACCUCGUGCGCGUUCAACGAAAACGCCGCGUUCCUCCAGAGCGGAAAGGACGCCAGAGACGGCGUCGGGCACGCGUUGAGGUUCCCCAUCGAGGACCUGUUCUACAAGUACGGCGUGGAUCUCGCGUUUUACGGCCACGAGCACGAGUACUGGCGAACGUUCCCGGUGUACGACGAGAAGGUGGUGAACGGCACCGACGUGUCCCUCAACCGCUAUUUUGAACCGAGGGGGACCGUGCACGUCACCACCGGCGCGGGCGGCAACAUCAACAUGGACCGCGGCGACGAUCCGCCGAGCAGAGGAACGUGCGACAUGAUAAAAGACAACAGCCCCUGGUGCGCUUUCCAAUCGGGCGUCGACCACGGGGGGGAUCGGUCUCAGGAGUUUGCGUAUGGGGUCGUGACCUUCGAGUCAGGCUCAAAGAUGACAUGGGAGCACUUUAGCGCCCUGGACGACGGAAAAAGGAUAGAUCUAUGGAGCAUAGAGACGUCGUCCCACGGUCCCUUUGCUCGCAGGACGUACUCUGACAAUCUCAGUGACGCCGCGCUGAUUGCAACAGAGUGA